AUGGAAACAAUUGUGGAAUUUGGACACUCUGCCAAGAAUAAAACCUUCUUAUGGAAGUGUAUGAAUGACAUAAUACCUUCAAGUGAACGCAUGAGAAGAGUAAUGCAAUAUUCUGGAGAUAUGUGCAGCAUGUGUAAUCAAGCUGUUGAAACGACUAAGCACAUAAUAUGGGAAUGUCCUUUUGCUCGAGCUAUUUGGACUUCAAUACUUGUAGCUAGAAGAAGUAUGGAUGAUGCUGGUACUACGGGACAUGACUGGAUUAACAGCUGGUUCACAAAUGAGUUCAUCAAACUAGAUGCGGACUGGAUAAUCAAGAUGGCAAAUGCCUGUUGGAAAAUUUGGAAAGAACGAUGUAGAUGUGUUUUCGAUGGGAAGAAGCCAAACCCUGUGGAAACUAUUUGGAGUAUUGGUCUAAUACUUCGUAAUGCUGCAGGUGAAUUUGAACAAGGACGUUUCAUCUAUGAACGUGGAUACCUAGACGCGGAGCAUGCAAAAAUUGAGGGGCUGAGGCAAGCUAUGCUUUGGACGGAAGAACUCAACAUAUACCAAGUGUGUUUUGAACUCGAUGCUCAAACUGUAGUGGCAACGGUCAAAGAAGAUUAUCAGAAAGCUAGAUGGGAGACUCAAAAACUAGCUUUGGACAUUAUUAGUCUGUUUAGCAAGUGCUCACUCUGGACUUGCAAGUUUAUCAAUAGGAAGAAUAAUAAACCAGCAGAUAAGCUGGCAAGACAUUCGCGUUUGUUUCAAAUUAAUAGAAGUUGGAUUCAGUAUCCACCAAAUUUUAUUGUGGAAGCACUUAUAUAUGCGGACGCAAAUGGUGUACUCAACCCUAUCAUCUAA